GCAACAUGGCGGCUGCCGUGGUGCAGCGCCCGGGCUGAGCGACAGCAAGUGCAGCGGGCUCCUACCCCGGGUGAGGGGUGGCCUCCGCGUGGGAUCGUGCCCUCUUCAGCCCGCUCCUGUCCUCGACAUCACGUGUAUUCCGCACGUCCGCUCCGCGCUGUGUGUCUACUGAGACGGGGAGGCGUGACAGGGCCCGGGUCCCUUCUCAGUCGUGCUCUGUGCUUCGGGGCAAGCUCCCCGUCUCCGGGCGCACUUCCCUCGCCUGGGUUCGGUCCAUCCUCCUUUCUCCAGCCUCCUCCCCUCGCGGAUGACCCGGACGACGGGCCAGUGCCUGGCACCCCGGGGUUGCCAGGGUCCACGGGGAACCCGAAGUCCGAGGAGCCUGAGGUCCCGGACCAGGAGGGGCUGCAGCGCAUCACCGGCUUGUCUCCCGGCCGUUCGGCUCUCAUAGUGGCGGUGCUGUGCUACAUCAAUCUCCUGAACUACAUGGACCGCUUCACCGUGGCUGGCGUCCUUCCCGACAUCGAGCAGUUCUUCAACAUCGGGGACAGUAGCUCUGGGCUCAUCCAGACCGUGUUCAUCUCCAGUUACAUGGUGUUGGCACCUGUGUUUGGCUACCUGGGUGACAGGUACAAUCGGAAGUAUCUCAUGUGCGGGGGCAUUGCCUUCUGGUCCCUGGUGACACUGGGGUCAUCCUUCAUCCCCGGAGAGCAUUUCUGGCUGCUCCUCCUGACCCGGGGCCUGGUGGGGGUCGGGGAGGCCAGUUAUUCCACCAUUGCGCCCACUCUCAUUGCCGACCUCUUUGUGGCCGACCAGCGGAGCCGGAUGCUCAGCAUCUUCUACUUUGCCAUUCCAGUGGGCAGUGGUCUGGGCUACAUUGCAGGCUCCAAAGUGAAAGAUAUGGCUGGAGACUGGCACUGGGCUCUGAGGGUGACACCAGGUCUAGGAGUGGUGGCCGUUCUGCUGCUGUUCCUGGUAGUGCGGGAGCCGCCAAGGGGAGCCGUGGAGCGCCACUCAGAUUUGCCACCCCUGAACCCCACCUCAUGGUGGGCAGAUCUGAGGGCUCUGGCAAGAAAUCCUAGUUUCGUCCUGUCUUCCCUGGGCUUCACUGCUGUGGCCUUUGUCACGGGCUCCCUGGCUCUGUGGGCUCCGGCAUUCCUGCUGCGUUCCCGCGUGGUCCUCGGGGAGACCCCACCCUGCCUUCCCGGAGACUCCUGCUCUUCCUCUGACAGUCUCAUCUUUGGACUCAUCACCUGCCUGACUGGAGUCCUGGGUGUGGGCCUGGGCGUGGAGAUCAGCCGCCGGCUCCGCCACUCCAACCCCCGGGCCGAUCCCCUGGUCUGUGCUGCUGGCCUCCUGGGCUCUGCACCCUUCCUCUUCCUGUCCCUUGCCUGCGCCCGUGGUAGCAUCGUGGCCACUUAUAUUUUCAUCUUCAUUGGAGAGACCCUCCUGUCCAUGAACUGGGCUGUUGUGGCCGACAUUCUGCUGUACGUGGUGAUCCCUACCCGACGCUCCACCGCCGAGGCCUUCCAGAUCGUGCUGUCCCACCUGCUGGGCGACGCUGGGAGCCCCUACCUCAUUGGCCUGAUCUCUGACCGCCUGCGCCGGAACUGGCCCCCCUCCUUCUUGUCCGAGUUCCGGGCUCUGCAGUUCUCGCUCAUGCUCUGCGCGUUUGUCGGGGCACUGGGCGGCGCAGCCUUCCUGGGCACCGCCAUCUUCAUUGAGGGCGACCGCCGACGGGCGCAGCUGCACGUGCAGGGCCUGCUGCACGAAGCAGGGUCCACAGACGACCGGAUUGUGGUGCCCCAGCGGGGCCGCUCCACCCGCGUGCCCGUGGCCAGCGUGCUCAUCUGAGAGGCCACUGCUCACCUGCCUGCACAUCUGCUACAGCUGGCCCUGGGCCCACCCCACGAAGGGCCUGGGCCUAACCCCUUGGCCUGGCCCAGCUUCCAGAGGGACCCUGGGCCGUGUCCCAGCUCCCAGACACUACAUGGGUAGCUCAGGGGAGGAAGUGGGGGUCCAGGAGCGGGAUCCCUCUCCGCAGGGGCAGCCCCAAGGGCUCGGUGCUAUUUGUAACGGAAUAAAAUUUGUAGCCAGA